AUGAGUCGUUUAGCGGGUUGGUUCCGAUCCGGAACUGCGACGCCAGCUACUGAGGCCAACAGCGAUGCUGGCUCAAUCACCACCAAGGAUACCAUGGCCCGAGAGAUGGAGGACAUUGACGAUGCCAUGGCAUCGUGCGGCCUCAUCAUGAACGACGAUAUCGACGGAGCAUGGGAGAAGCUGCAGACCGGAGACUCGUCCUUUCACCAGCUAGGAUUGGCAGUCACCAUCUUCAUGCGCUCUGUGCUGGGCUUUGAAAAAGCCGUCAUGACCGAGACCACCGCCAAGCUCGAUGAGUGUGAAGCGAAGGCUUGGGCGGACUACAAAAAGGCUCAGAAGCAUGGCAAGGCUCGUGCGGGGAGUAAAUUGUAUCCUCCCGGUACAGAAUUUGAGCUCGUUCGUGCGGAAACGCAGCUCAUGGGCGCCGUGGUGGGUGUUUUGCAUGAGAGUCUCAUUGACGCGAUGAAGAGUUUUCUUAAGCUUCGCAAGGCGUUCAUGACGCUUGAUGCGAUCAUUGAGGCCGAGGCGAAAACACUCAAGAAUAUGCCUCAGUCCACUUCAGAGGCAUCGCUGUCUGCUAAACCUGUUACUGAAUUAAACAAGAGUAUGGAGAGGCUUGAGAUUGAAUCGGCUUCUGGCACACAGACUCCUGCGAACGGAGACUCUUCAAGCUCGUCAACCACCGAAGAUGAGAAGAUCGAUGAAGGUGCACCUCUGCGCGAAGCUCGAUCGAAGCCGACAGACUCAGAGUCCGACUCUGUUCUUCUUGAAAAUCCCCUCGACAUCUUUGUCCACUCUGGGGCCAACAUGUGUUUUGGUAUGAUUCUUCUCAUGUUGACCCUGGUUCCUCCCGCUUUCACUCGUCUUCUUUCCGUGGUCGGGUUCCGUGGUGAUCGUGAGCGUGGCGUUCGCAUGCUCUGGCGCUCCACUGCCUACGCCAACGUCAACGGCGCCAUCGCUGGCCUUGUCCUGCUGUCUUACUACAACGCCCUCCUCGGCGCAGUCGACAUCCUCCCUGAUGCAAAGGAUUUUGACGAGGGUGCUGAGAUUGUCGGACCUCCACGGGAAAAAUGCGAGAAGCUCCUCGCAUCGAUGCGCUCUCGGUACCCCGACUCGCGACUCUGGAUCAUCGAAGAGGCGCGUCUGCACAGCAAUGAGAGGGACCUCCCCAAAGCCGUUGAAGUUCUCACCACCGGCGGCGAGUCAAAGAUGAAGCAGGUCACGGCACUCAACAACUUUGAGCUCUCGCUCAAUUCAAUGGCCAUUCAGGACUGGCCUCUUAUGCGCGACUCCUUCAUGCGAUGUCUCGAGCUUAACGACUGGAGUCACGCACUGUACUACUACAUGGCAGGCAUCGCAUCCGUCGAACUCUACCGCGACGCCGUAGCCGCGGGUGACAAGGAUGAGGCGCGCCGUCAAAAAGUCAAAGCGGAAGAAUACCUGCGCAAGGCGCCAGGCGUAGCAGGCAAGAAGCGCUUCAUGGCGCGCCAGCUACCGUUCGAGGUGUUUGUUCAGCGCAAGAUACAGAAGUGGGAGGAUCGCGCUAAGAGCUUUGGCGUCGAUCUCGCUGAUGCGAUUGGGCCCAGUCCCGCGUUGGAGAUGAGUUACAUGUGGAACACCAUCAAGCGCAUGGGCCCUGCUGAGCUGGAGAAAGCAGUUGGGGGAAUGAGUUGGGACAGAUGUACGGCCAAGACGGAGGUCGUGGAUAAGAUCAAGGCUGAGGUUGAUGAGAUGGGGGCUUGGGCACUCAUCAGCGCCUCGUUAUUCCGCAACCAGAAGAAGUUUGUCGAGGCGAGGGAAUUGUUGGAGACGCAUGUCUUGAAGUUUGACCGAUUUGCAUUCAAGGGCCCGACAAAAGAUGACUACGUUCUCGCGGCAGCUGUUUACGAAAAAGGUGCCAUUGCAUGGUCAGAGUGCUGCAACCCUCCCGAGGGCACACCAGAUGAGAAUGCGGCAUACAGAAGAGAAAAGUACGACGAGUGUGUGAAGCAAAUGGAUGUCGCCAAGGUCUGGGAGGCCUUUGUGCUGGACACUCGAAUUGGCAUGAGAGUACAGAGCGCCAUUGAGACGCUCAGCUGGUUUGCGAAAAAGAUGGGAUAUAAAUAG